AAAAAAAUAAAGAAAAAAGGAAAAAAGAAAAGAAAACCCAAACCCACCACCACCUUUGCCUAAUACGCCCUGAAUGAACCAAAAAUUUGUCUAUAAAAAUACAGGGGAGCCAUCAGAGUUCAUCACUCUGCAAAGAAAAUUGUUCUUCCUUGUUUCUCCCUUCUCUUGUAAUUUUCAAUCUCUAUUUUUCUCUCUCUCUCACUCUUGUUAGUUUUGUUGGUUGGGCUUCUUGUUGUAAAAAUUAAAAAGGGGGGUUUUCCUAGUUCUGAUUGAAUUUCGUAAUCUGUUUAUCUUUGUUUCGAUUUUUUAGUGUAAACAAGAGAGUCUGGCUGGCUCUCUCUUCUUUAUCUCGUAAUCCUCGCGCUUUGGAUAAGGACAUCGCCCCGGUUGCCUCUCCUUCCUGAUUAACUCCGAACAAAUCCCUGCUUUUGGAAUUCGGAAUUCCACACUCCAUUCAUCAAGCUUGAACGGCUUCCCUCCAUGCCAUUUUUCAAUCGGUUUUCUGGUUUUUUUUUUCUUUAAUGUCGGAAUUUCCCCAAAAGCUGACAAUCGAUUGAUUUGGUUUUCGGUUUCCCGUUGUAGAUCUGUGCCAUUUGUUGGUUCAGAUUGUGUUUGAUUUGGUUACCGGUUUCCCCGAAUUAACGAACUUCCAUUUUUUCAAUUUGGUGAUAGUUAAAAAUUCCUUCCUCGUUUGGAACGGGGGGAAUCGGGCUUGAAUAUAUUAAAAACCUAGAGAUUUCCAUACCAAAUAACAAGGAAUAUUAAAUUAACUGAAAAGGAAUUUAAACUUUCUGGUGGUGGUUGGUGAAGAAUGUCGGUGGCUUCGGGUUCGGUUGUUCAGGCAAAAAACAAUGGCGUGGGUUCUUUGAUUCCGGCGGGACGCAAUGAGGCCGGAACCCGUUUCCCGUCGGUGACUAAGCCCUUUGUGAACAACCAGCUGAAUGUGGUGGCGCUCAGCCGUGGAGGAGUUGUUGGCAUUAGGGCGGCUGCUUCGGCUAAAAGGAGGACCAGUGGGCCUGGUUUGGAGAAAUCGAAGUUUCUCGGAGCCAGGUUACCGAAAGUGCAUCAUUGGCAAACUGAUGGUCCCGGUAAGCCUCCAAAGCUUAGGGUGUUCCAGCUGCGCUCCGCCUUGUCUCAGGUCCCCGAGAAGCCGCUUGGCCUUUAUGAUCCUUCAUUUGAUAAAGAUUCAUGUGGAGUCGGAUUCGUUGCUGAACUUUCCGGCGAAAGUAGCCGUAAAACGGUGACGGAUGCAAUUGAAAUGCUGGUGAGGAUGACCCAUAGAGGGGCAUGUGGUUGCGAGACUAACACUGGCGACGGAGCUGGUAUUUUGGUGGCUCUUCCUCAUGAUUUUUACAAGGAGGUGACCAAAGAUGCAGGCUUUGAACUUCCGCCACCUGGUGAAUAUGCAGUAGGAAUGUUUUUCUUGCCCACUUCUGAAACCCGUCGGGAACAGAGCAAGAUUGUAUUUUCCAAGGUAGCUGAAUCCCUUGGUCAUACUGUACUCGGAUGGAGGGCAGUCCCAACCGACAAUUCAGGAUUGGGUAAUGCUGCUUUGCAGACCGAACCAGUCAUCGAGCAAGUGUUCCUUACACCGACUCCACGAUCAAAGGCCGAUUUGGAGCAACAGAUGUACAUAUUGAGGAGGGUUUCGAUGGUAGCGAUCCGAGCUGCUUUGAAUCUCCAACAUGGUGCUGUCAGGGACUUCUAUAUAUGCUCUCUUUCUUCCAGAACGGUAGUGUACAAAGGUCAACUAAAACCCAAUCAGCUGAAGGAUUACUACUAUGCAGACCUUGGGAAUGAAAGGUUUACGAGCUACAUGGCCCUGAUACAUUCCAGAUUUUCAACCAAUACAUUUCCGAGCUGGGACCGUGCUCAGCCUAUGCGUGUCUUGGGCCACAAUGGAGAGAUCAAUACGCUUCGAGGAAAUGUUAAUUGGAUGAAAGCUCGUGAGGGUCUUCUUAAGUGCAAAGAACUAGGUCUAUCAAAGACAGAGAUGAAGAAACUUUUGCCUAUUGUGGAUGCCAGCUCGUCUGAUUCAGGAGCUUUUGACGGUGUACUUGAGCUCUUAGUCCGAGCUGGUAGAAGUCUUCCAGAAGCUAUGAUGAUGAUGAUUCCCGAGGCUUGGCAAAAUGACAAGAAUAUGGAUCCUAAUCGAAAGGCCUUGUAUGAAUAUUUCUCAGCCCUUAUGGAGCCAUGGGAUGGACCUGCUCUCAUAUCAUUUACUGAUGGCCGCUAUCUUGGAGCAACAUUGGAUCGAAAUGGACUGCGCCCAGGUCGCUUUUAUAUCACGCAUAGUGGACGAGUAAUCAUGGCUAGUGAAGUGGGAGUUGUUGAUAUUCCACCUGAAGAUGUAUCAAGGAAAGGGAGACUCAAUCCAGGCAUGAUGCUUUUGGUAGAUUUUGAGAAUCAUGUUGUUGUGGAUGAUGAGGCUCUGAAGCAGCAGUAUUCACUUGCAAGGCCUUAUGGCGAGUGGCUUAAGAGACAAAAGAUUGAACUGAAAGACAUAGUAGAAUCGGUUCCGGAGUCUCAAAGGGUCCCUCCCUCAAUUGAAGGAGUGCAACCUGCUUCUAUUGAAGAUAACAACAUGGAAAAUAUGGGAAUUAAUGGUUUAUUAGCUCCCUUGAAAGCUUUUGGUUAUACUGUUGAAUCGUUGGAGAUGCUACUAUUGCCGAUGGCCAAAACGGGCGUAGAGGCUCUCGGUUCAAUGGGAAAUGAUGCUCCCCUGGCUGUGAUGUCUGACAGAGAGAAACUUUCAUUUGAGUAUUUUAAGCAGAUGUUUGCUCAGGUGACCAACCCUCCCAUUGAUCCCAUUAGAGAGAAGAUUGUUACCUCCACGGAGUGUAUGAUUGGUCCCGAAGGUGACCUAACAGAGACCACAGAAGAACAGUGUCACCGUCUUUCUUUGAAAGGCCCUCUUCUGUCAAUUGAGGAAAUGGAAGCAAUCAAGAAGAUGGACUAUCGAGGCUGGCGAAGCAAGGUUUUAGAUAUUACCUAUUCUGUGGGCAGGGGAACUAAGGGAUUGAAGGAGACUCUUGACAGAAUAUGUACAGAAGCACAUGACGCUAUCAAGGAGGGUUAUACUACAAUUGUACUGUCUGACAGAGCUUUCUCUCCAACUCGAGUUGCUGUGAGCUCUUUGUUGGCUGUGGGUGCUGUGCAUCAUCAUCUCGUGAAGAAGCUGGAGCGCACCCAAGUUGCCCUAAUUAUUGAAUCUGCUGAGCCCCGAGAAGUGCACCACUUCUGUACACUGGUAGGAUUUGGUGCAGAUGCAAUCUGCCCAUAUUUAUCCAUUGAGGCAAUUUGGAGACUGCAGGUUGAUGGCAAAAUUCCGCCCAAGGCAGAUGGCCAGUUCCAUUCGAAAGAGGAGCUUGUCAAGAAAUAUUUCAAAGCAAGCAACUAUGGCAUGAUGAAAGUUCUUGCCAAAAUGGGAAUAUCAACAUUGGCAUCUUACAAGGGUGCCCAAAUAUUUGAGGCAGUAGGCCUUUCAUCUGAAGUCAUGGAGAGGUGUUUUAUUGGGACACCAAGCAGAGUUGAGGGUGCAACUUUUGAAGCUCUUGCACGUGAUGCAUUUCGGUUACAUGAGCUGGCGUUCCCAUCGAGGGCUUUCCCUGCUGGAAGUCCUGAGGCUGUGGCCCUACCAAAUCCCGGUGAUUAUCAUUGGAGGAAAGGUGGUGAAAUUCAUCUGAAUGAUCCUCUAGCUAUAGCAAAGUUACAGGAGGCAGCCAAAUCUAACAGUGUCGCUGCUUACAAGGAGUAUUCAAAACGUAUAGAUGAGCUGAACAGAAGUUGCAAUUUAAGGGGACUUUUGAAAUUUAAAGAGGCAGUGGUGAAGGUUCCUUUGGAAGAAGUUGAGCCAGCUAGUGAGAUUGUCAAACGUUUUUGUACUGGAGCUAUGAGUUAUGGAUCAAUAUCACUCGAAGCGCAUACAACUCUUGCUAUUGCUAUGAACAAAAUUGGGGGAAAGUCAAACACAGGUGAAGGAGGUGAGCAACCAUCUAGAAUGGAGCCUCUACCAGAUGGUUCAAGGAAUCCUUUGAGAAGUGCAAUUAAGCAAGUAGCUAGUGGAAGAUUUGGUGUUUCAAGUUUUUACCUUUCAAAUGCUGAUGAAUUGCAAAUAAAGAUGGCUCAGGGAGCAAAACCUGGAGAAGGUGGGGAACUUCCUGGCCACAAGGUCAUUGGUGAUAUUGCUGUGACUAGGAACUCCACUGCCGGGGUUGGACUGAUUAGCCCUCCUCCACAUCAUGACAUAUACUCUAUUGAAGAUCUUGCUCAACUAAUUCAUGAUUUAAAGAAUGCAAACCCUGGUGCCCGAAUUAGUGUGAAAUUGGUUUCUGAGGCUGGUGUUGGGGUAAUUGCAAGUGGUGUAGUAAAGGGUCAUGCUGACCAUGUUUUGAUCUCUGGUCAUGAUGGAGGUACAGGUGCCUCAAGAUGGACUGGCAUCAAGAGUGCGGGGCUCCCAUGGGAACUUGGCCUUGCGGAAACUCAUCAAACUCUAGUAGCAAAUGACCUACGUGGCCGAACAGUUCUUCAAACUGAUGGCCAACUUAAAACUGGAAGAGAUGUCGCAAUUGCUGCACUUCUAGGUGCAGAGGAGUUUGGGUUUAGUACUGCUCCCCUCAUAACUCUUGGCUGCAUCAUGAUGCGAAAGUGCCAUAAGAACACUUGUCCUGUGGGUAUUGCUACCCAAGAUCCAGUCUUGCGAGAGAAAUUCGCCGGGGAACCGGAGCAUGUGAUAAAUUUCUUCUUUAUGCUAGCAGAGGAAGUGAGGGAAAUCAUGUCUCAGCUUGGUUUCCGAACACUUAAAGAAAUGGUCGGUCGAUCAGAUAUGCUUGAAAUGGAUAAAGAUCUGGUCAAGAGUAAUGAAAAGCUAAAGACCAUUGAUCUCUCACUAUUACUUAGACCUGCUGCUGAUAUUCGGCCAGAUGCUGCACAGUACUGUAUACAGAAACAGGAUCAUGGACUCGACAUGGCCUUGGAUAAUAAACUGAUAAGCUUAUCCAAAGCCAGCUUAGAUAGAGGAAUUCCAGUAUAUAUUGAAACUGCUAUCUGCAAUGUAAACCGUGCUGUGGGAACCAUGCUUAGCCACGAAGUGACAAAAAGAUAUGGCAUUCUUGGACUUCCAUCUGAUACAAUCCAUAUAAAAUUCAAUGGAAGUGCUGGCCAAAGUUUUGGAGCCUUUGUUUGCCCUGGUAUCACAAUGGAACUGGAAGGAGAUAGCAAUGAUUAUGUCGGAAAGGGGUUAUCAGGGGGUAAAGUAGUUGUUUAUCCCCCUAAAGGAAGCACAUUUGACCCCAAGGAAAAUAUUGUAAUUGGUAAUGUGGCUCUCUAUGGUGCAACUGCUGGUGAAGCCUAUUUUAAUGGGAUGGCAGCAGAAAGAUUUUGUGUUCGCAAUUCGGGGGCAAAAGCAGUUGUUGAAGGGGUGGGUGACCAUGGAUGUGAAUACAUGACAGGUGGUACUGUGGUGGUUCUUGGGAAAACGGGUCGCAAUUUUGCUGCAGGCAUGAGUGGUGGAAUUGCUUAUGUGCUUGAUGUGGAUUCCCUAUUUCAAUCUCGUUGCAAUUCCGAACUGGUUGAUCUGGAUAGAGUUGAGGAGGAAGAUGACAUCUUGACUCUGAAAAUGAUGAUCCAGCAGCAUCAGCGCCAUACAAACAGCUUACUUGCAAAAGAGGUUCUUGCCAAUUUUGACAAUCUUUUGCCUAAAUUUGUUAAGGUAUUCCCUAGGGAUUACAAAAGAGUACUUGCUGCGAUGAAAGAUGAGGAGGCUGCCAAAAUUACUGCAACAAAAGUCGAGGAGCAAGAAGAAGAAGAAUUGAUGAAGAAAGAUGCAUUUGAAGAACUUAAAAAAUUAUCAGCUAAAACUAUCAUCGAAAAUGCCCAGGUACAAGAGGGAGAACCAAAAAAGAGGCCAUCUCGGGUGGAUGGUGCUGUGAAGGAAGGAGGUUUUGUUCGAUAUGAGCGCGAGAGUGUCUCAUAUAGGGAUCCCAAUACUCGGAUUAAUGAUUGGUUAGAAGUGAUGGAAGAAUCAAAACCAUCAGCACUUCUCAAAACACAGUCAGCUCGAUGUAUGGAUUGUGGGACUCCAUUUUGUCAUCAGGAAAACUCUGGAUGUCCUCUUGGGAACAAGAUACCUGAAUUCAAUGAGUUGGUAUACCAGAAUAGAUGGCGGGAAGCAUUAGACAGGCUUCUUGAGACUAACAACUUCCCGGAAUUCACUGGCCGGGUAUGCCCUGCGCCAUGCGAAGGUUCUUGUGUACUAGGUAUUAUUGAGAAUCCCGUCUCCAUCAAAAGCAUUGAAUGUGCCAUCAUUGACAAAGCUUUUGAAGAAGGAUGGAUGGUACCAAGACCUCCACCCAGGAGAACUCAGAAGAGAGUUGCAAUUGUUGGAAGUGGACCUGCUGGCAUGGCCGCUGCUGAUCAGUUGAACAAAAUGGGCCAUAAUGUUACAGUGUACGAGCGGUCUGAUCGAGUUGGUGGUCUGAUGAUGUAUGGGGUUCCCAACAUGAAAGCUGACAAGGUUGAUGUAGUUCUGAGAAGGGUCAAUCUUAUGAAAGAAGAAGGUGUCAACUUUGUUGUCAAUGCCCAUGUAGGGAAAGACCCUACAUACUCCCUUGAACGGUUACGGGAGGAAAAUGAUGCUAUUGUUUUGGCGGUGGGAUCUACAAAACCUAGGGAUCUUCCGGUUCCAGGUCGUGAGCUCUCCGGUGUCCAUUUUGCCAUGGAAUUUCUCCAUGCCAAUACAAAGAGUUUACUUGAUAACAAUCUGGCAGAUGGUAAUUACAUCUCAGCGAAGGGCAAGAAAGUUGUAGUUAUUGGUGGAGGUGAUACAGGUACCGACUGCAUUGGCACCUCUAUUCGACAUGGUUGCAGUAGCGUUGUAAAUUUGGAGCUUCUUUCCCAACCUCCAAAAUCAAGGGCUCCAAACAACCCUUGGCCACAGUGGCCGCGGAUAUUCCGGAUUGAUUACGGCCACCAGGAAGCCGCUGCCAAGUUCGGUAAAGAUCCAAGGUCUUAUGAGGUAUUGACUAAGAGGUUUUUGGGAGAUGAUAAUGGAAAUGUCAAAGGACUGGAGAUUGUACGUGUCCAGUGGGAGAAAGAUGCCACUGGAAAGUUCCAAUUUAAAGAAAUUGAAGGCUCUGAGGAAAUCAUUGAGGCCGAUCUAGUUUUAUUAGCUAUGGGCUUUCUUGGUCCUGAAUCGACUAUACCAGACAAGCUUGGAAUUGAGAAAGACAACAGAUCAAACUUUAAGGCAGAGUAUGGACGGUUCUCCACCAGCGUAGAUGGAGUGUUUGCAGCAGGAGACUGCAGGCGGGGUCAAUCUUUGGUGGUAUGGGCCAUCUCUGAAGGGAGGCAAGCAGCAGCCCAAGUUGACAAAUACCUUAUGAAAGAUGACAUAGACGUUAGAAGUGAUAGCGUUAGACAGGAAGUUGCAGAUGUACACAAGGUAGUAACAGGAAGGACAUAAAAGAGAGAAGAAAGACAGAAGCACCUUGCGUCUCUACCAAACGGAGAAUUUUAAUUUUUAUUUUUAUUUUUAUAAUAUCCAAGAUAGAAUACAACUUUCUUUAGGUCAGAUGGAUUUGGAGGAUCCUUUCUUCAUCAUCAUUGUCAUGGGGGAAAAAAAAUGGUUGCAAGCACCAAUGCAGCAGCAUAUCAAAAGUUGAAGAACACGGAGUGGUAAUGUGGAUUUUGUGCCAGAAGAAGGAUCUGAAUGGGAUGAGAUAAGAGUGUAGUGUAGGGAUGUUUUUGUUUUCCCUCAUUUUGUGAUUAUAAAUACUUUGGGUGUAUUUUAUGGUAUGUCGAUAAGUUUAGGGUUUUCACGCAAGUGGCUGUUGUCAGUUUUAGUGAGGGAGAAAUAAUGUACAGUUAUAAUAUUUUGAUCUUUGCAAUUGGAAUCGUCCUUACAUGGUGAACUUUGGAUUGAAAUUUUGAGACCGUCUUGAUUGAAUUUCAAUGUAAAAUGGGAAGACAGAGCAAGGACGUUCUGAGAGAACGAAAAUGAAUAUUCCUAUUUUGAAUUGUCUCAACAGUCAAAUCUCAAUUUCUUAAAAACCGAAUUGAUUUUCUGGCUGUAAUAAUAAUAUAGAACUAUGGUUUCAACUUUCAACCGUCAAUCUUUAGACUUAGCCGGUGGACUCCACCUACAACAAAUACUUCCGUAAGGAAGGAGAACUCAGACCACCAUCUUGGUUUGCAACUUCCUACUGCUUUCUGUCUCUCUGCAACAUUGAUCAAACCACACAUGUAUCACAAAGGUGUUCUGCAAAGUGUGUUAUGAAAAUGUAACUACAAGCUGAAAAUUGAACUAAUGUUCUUUUGUAUCUUACCCAAAGUCUUGAAAAUCACCCAAUCGGAUACGUUCUGUCAAAAAACGUACAAAGAAAAAAAAAAAAAGAAUUAAUUAUAACCCGAAAAAUACAUAAAAACCUACAUACAUUGUUCAUUCAAUAUAGAAAAGCCACCUACUUGUUUCAAGAUAGCGACAUUCGAUACCCCAAUCCCUUGCUAGUAUAAAUUGUCGGAUCAUCUCAGACAGAAAUCAAACAAAUCUUGGGAGCACUCUUAACUGUGUUACAAUAUAUCAAUGGGGGAAAACAGCUAUACAAAUUCGUUAGCUUACCACCAUUUCGAUGUAGAUUUUCUUGACAUUGACAAGGACUUGGUCCAAGGUGAUUGACCUGAUGGCAGUAUCAAACUUGGGCAACCCAGAUAAAACAGUUUCACGCAGUGGGUUAUCCACCGCCACCUCAUAUGCUGCCACCUUAUGGUCAACAAUCUG